AUGUUAACAAAAGGGCACAGUAUCCUCCUGUUUGGGGACUAUACCGACCCCUGGGCCGACGCCUUUGAUCGUAUCACGCUGCAGGCCACCUCGAGCCCAUGGCUGCAGAGUUUUCUAGACCAUGUCGCGUCCAUCGUGUUGGCCGAGACUCGGCAGAUGGAUGAACCGCUGAGGCAGAGUCUGAUGGUGCGAGGCACGGGUUUCAUGUUGUCGAGCCUCGCCGAACUGGCCGACUCUUAUCGUGGCGAAAAGGAUCCCGUCGGCUUUGUGGACGCUGUUAUGGUUUACGUUAUGGGUUCGCCAAAACCCGGGAGCGUUACGCGCGGGAUCCCCAGAAGCUUUAAUUUCAUUAUGGGGGCGAGCAAGUACAAUCUCAACCCUGACCAGGAGUACUGGUGGCAGUUUGUCGAGCCGUCACUUUCCUCCAUGAUGGAACAUGCCGGCCAGUACACGCCAGAGGAGCAAGAAAGCCAUAAGACGUGGUACGCCACCCAGGUGACGCCCAUAUUCGGCGGUCAACCGUCGGAAGAAACCCCUGACCCAAACCCCUUCACUCAUGAUUCCAGCCCGUGCCACAUCAGCAUCAACUGGUGCUCCGAGGGGAAGCCGACAGUGCGCAGCGGCAUGACGUGA